AUGUCGACAGUUAUCCUUGGAGGAGGUAUCAUUGGAGCCUCAAUUGGGUACUACCUAUCUGCCAACCAGCCAGAAGGUGAGAUUCACAUCGUUGAUCAAUCUCGAGAGCUUUUCACUUCGGCCUCGGGAUAUGCCGCGGGUUUCCUAGCUAGAGAUUGGUUCGAGCCAUCUCUUGCCCCUCUUGGUGCUAUGUCCUUCGACUUGCACCAUGAGCUCGCCGCAGCGCAUGGCGGAGACAGGAAAUGGGGAUUUAUGAAAGGAACAGCAUUCAACUUGGACACUGUUGCUCAACGCAAGCGAGAAGGAGGUUCCAGCAAUGACGAUUGGUUGCGAACGGGCAACAGUAGAGCAGAGACGGCAGCUGGAUCCGAGGACACCGCUCCGGUUGAGUUUCCGGAGUGGUUGACGAUGCAGAAAGGGGGAGUCCUGGAGAAGAUCAACCGAGGCGAAACCGUGGCACAAGUAGAUCCAUUGCGGUUGAGCCAAUUCCUCAUUGACGGUGCUGUCUCCCGAGGCGUUAAGCUUCAUAAUCCAGCCCAGGCCGCCGCAGUUGUCGAGGAUGUGAACGGCACGAUUACCGCCGUCAGAAUCAAGUCUUUAGAUUCCAAGAAUGAGACAAUCAUUCCGUGUACGAACCUGGUUCUGAGCGUGGGACCGUGGACACCACAAGUUCUCAGAGACCUGUUCCCCUCCUCUCAGGUGUCGCUUGAUAUAACGCCUUUGGCUGGAUAUUCACUGGUCUUUCGAUCCCCUCGGCAUACGAUGGAGCACGAGAAAAAUGUCUACCGUGGGACCAGCCAUGCUGUAUUCACCACACACCCUCCGUCAUGCGGGUUUAGCCCCGAGAUCUUCCUCAGGGAAGGCGGAGAGAUUUAUAUCGCCGGUCUCAACGACCCCGGGAUGAAGCUUCCACACCGUGCCGAGGAUACUAGCCAGCUUUUUGAUCCCUCCGAAAUGCAAAAACUCAAAGAUGUUGCAGUUCGUCUAAUGGGUUAUCUUCCCAAGGGUAUAAAGGAGGCUACCGAAGAGACGGCCAACACAGAUGACUUGGAGAUUAUCCGUGAAGGGUUGUGCUUCCGCCCGGCGGGAAAUACUGGCGUUCCCACAAUUGGAAGAGUUGGAGAUAACUCUUUGGGAGGAGUGAAACCAAACCCCAGGGGGGGCGUCUUCAUAGUCGCUGGGCACGGACCGUGGGGAAUCUCUUUGUCCCUGGGAACUGGAAAGGUUGUUUCUGAGAUGAUCAAAAAGCAAAAGCUUUCAGUAGAUGUAAGCGGCUUAGCCGUUUAG